GCGGUUUCUGGAGCGGAUUGGAACCCGGAGUCAGGAUUCAAUAAAUGUGUAGACGUUUGGAAAACAGGGUGACAAUAUGGCGGAACAGACACCAGACGACUAUUUCUGGUGUGAGGACUGCACACAGUUUCACAGCUCUGAGUGUCCUGAGCUGGGCCCUGUUGUCACUGUGAAGGAUUCGUUCGUGUUGAGCCGGGCGCGGUCAUCUCUGCCAGGCAGUCUGGAGAUCCGGCCAGUGGAGGAGGGAGCAGAGGGGGUUUUCGUGCUCCAUCGGCUGGUCAGGAGGACUCGCUUUGGCCCCUUCGAGGCCAGGAGGGUCCGAAACCUUCACACGGAGGGCACGUUCCCUCUAAAGAUCUUCCAGAAGGACGGCUCAGUGGUGAGUUUGGACACAUCGAACGAGGACGACUGUAACUGGAUGAUGCUGGUCAGACCCGCCACAGACCACAAACACCAGAACCUGACUGCCUACCAGCAGGAUGACGACCUCUACUUCAACACCUCCCAGGAUGUGUUGCCGGGGUCAGAGCUGAGAGUCUGGUAUGGAGCCUUCUAUGCUAAAAAGAUGGAGAAGCCUGUACUGAAGCCCCUUGUGCUUCCCCCACAAGCAGGGAUAGUGUCCAUCAGUCCUAGGCUCCGUCAGGAGAAGGCUGGAGCUACAGCGCCCCCCGUGGCCAAAGUGAAUGACGGAGGCCAACUUUUCAGUCCCCAGCCGCCAGCAGCCUUAGGUGCCACGGUCUCACCUGUCCAGCAGGUGGCAGCAGUGGUAUCACUGGGUAGCGGUCCUGAUUCCAGCACCACACCCAUCCCAGCCGAGUCCAAACGAAGACCAAACAGACAACGCAGGGCAAGAGGCCUGAGAUCUGGAGCCACUGGAACCGCUGAACUCAGCAAAGAUGCCCCUGUGGGCGUGGCUAGUGAGCAGUCCCUCGCUGCCCUGCGCCCAGACCUGCCACUGCCUGUGCUGGACAUGCAGGACCUCAUGGGUGAUGGAGACGGUCUGGCAGUGAAACUCCCCAGAGUGGCACGCUGCCUCCUCUCCUCCGCAAAGUCAGGCAUAAGGAAGCGUUUCCUGAGGCAACCAGGCGACCAUAAGCGGGUGUACCAGUGCAGCCUCUGCAACAAGGUGUUUCAGAACAGCAGCAACCUCAACCGGCACAUCCGUUCCCACGGUGACAAGCUGUUUAAAUGUGACGAGUGUGACAAGAUGUUCAGCCGGAAGGAGAGUCUGAAGCAGCAUAUAUCGUACAAGCACAGCAAAAAUGAGCCUGAUGUAGAGUACAGGUACAAGUGCAGUACUUGUGAGAAGUCCUUUCGAGUUGAGAAUGCCUUGAAAUUUCACAACUGUCGCACAGAUGAUAAGACGUUCCAGUGUGAGAUCUGCUCCCGCUUCUUCUCCACCAACAGCAACCUGUCCAAGCACAAGAAGAAACACGGAGACAAGCUGUACGCCUGCCAGAUCUGUAGCAAGAUGUUCUAUCGCAAAGACGUCAUGCAGGACCACCAGAGACGCCACGGCAUGGGCUCCAAGAACAUGAAGCGAGAAGAACACGAAGCCAACGGGGAGGAGGCUAACGGAGAGGAGGCCAACGGGGAGGAGGCCACCAAGUACAGGAAGGAGCCCUCAGCGUGUCCCAUCUGCGGCAAGGUGUUUUCUUGUCGGAGUAACAUGAACAAGCACCUGCUCACUCACGGAGAUAAGAAGUACACCUGUGAGAUCUGUGGACGCAAGUUCUUCCGUGUGGACGUACUGAGAGACCACAUUCACGUCCACUUCAAGGACAUCGCUCUGAUGGGUGAGCAGGAGAGAGAGAACUUCAUCAGGAAGAUUGGCAUCUCCAUGGAGGACAGCGAGGACAACUCUGACGAGGAAGAGGAGAAGGAUGAACCAGAACAUCACAAAUAUAGCUGCAAGAAGUGCCAGGUGACAUUUGCUAAGGGGCGGGACUACCUGAGACACAUCAUGGACAUGCAUAAAGAGCGGGGUUAUGGCUGUGUCAUCUGCAAUCGCCGCUUUGCCCUCAAAGCCACCUACAACGCCCACUUGGUUAUCCAUCGCGAGCAGCUGCCGGACCCCGCCGUGCAGAGGUACAUCCAUCCGUGCGAGAUGUGCGGCCGCAUUUUCAACAGCAUUGGCAACCUGGAAAGGCACAAGAUCAUCCACACAGGGGUAAAGAGCCAUAGCUGUGAUCAGUGCGGUAAAUCAUUCGCCAGGAAGGACAUGCUGAAGGAACACCUGAGAGUCCAUGACAACAUCCGCGACUUCCUCUGUGCAGAGUGUGGCAAAGGUAUGAAGACUAAGCAUGCUCUGAGACACCACAUGAAGCUCCAUAAAGGCAUUAAAGAGUAUGAGUGUAAAGAGUGCAACCGCAAGUUUGCCCAGAAAGUGAACAUGCUGAAACACUACAAGAGGCAUACAGGUAUAAAAGACUUCAUGUGUGAGCUGUGUGGGAAAACCUUCAGUGAAAGAAACACCAUGGAAACACACAAGCUGAUUCACACAGUGGGGAAGACGUGGAGCUGCUCCGUGUGCGAUAAGAAGUACGUGACGGAGUACAUGCUGCAGAAACACGUGCAACUGACACACGACAAGGUGGAGGCGCAGAGCUGUCACCUGUGUGGAACUAAAGUCUCCACCCGAGCAUCCAUGAACCGCCACCUACGCCGCAAACACCCAGAGGUGGUGACGGUGAGGGUGGAGGAGUUUGAAGAUCUUCAAGAACCUGAAACAAUUGAUGCCUCCUCUAUUAGCAUAGUACAGCCGUCUCUGCCGCUGGAGAAGAGUUCUCUAUCUGCAGAGAAAAGCCACAGGAACUCCGGCCCUGCCAAGAAGAGGCAGAAACUGCAGCUGCAGGAGGUGGAGCUCUCGGACUCGGACGAAUACACAGACUUCGCCAGCAAAACAUCUGACUUCACCAAUACAGUGGGAGAUGAGACCAGCUCCGCUGUCCAGAGUAUACAACAGGUGGUGGUGUUGGCUGAUUCCAGUGCCCCUUCUGUUGCCUCGCCGUCGAGCUCGGUGAGUCUCACCAACAUCACAGUGACCCCCAUCAGCACGCCUGCGUCUGCCCAGUUCACCAGCCUACAGCCGGUAGCUGUGGGUCACCUCACGGCCACCGACCGACCCCUGACCUUGGACAGCUCCAUCCUCACCGUGACCUUUGACACUGUGAGCAGCUCGGGCAUGCUCCACAACCGUACGGCGGAGCUGCAGGGGGAAGGUGGCGUGGCGGCACCCGUCCCCCAGUCAGUGGCCCACUUCAUCAACUUGGCCACCUUCGUCAACCCCAUAGCCCACCCGCUGGAGCAACCCACCCUGGCCUGGAGGCCCAUCGCUCCUGCCGAUGGAGCUCACGUCACAGCCGCCAUGGAUGGAACCCGGUCUGACGCCCAGGACCCGCAGAGCCAGGCAGCCACGCCCCAGCAGCCACAGCCCCCUCCUGAACAGAGCCAUCAAAUCCAGUCCCAGGCUUCAGGGCCUACACAGCCAGGCUCCGCAGCGCCACAGAUGUUUAGCUACUGAGAACUGCAAACAGCUGUUAACACCCACUCAUCAGUCCACAAACAGAGGUGUUCUUAUGACUGUAAAAAUUGUUGGGUUUUUCCAAGUGUUGAAACAAUGAUUGAGCAAUGAAUAAUGAGAUAAUGUUAAUAUUAAAUAUCAGUCAGAUUAAUUCAUUUCUAUCAAUUCAGAUGGAUAACUGUACAAUCAAAUCAUGAGUUGGUGUCCUAAUUUACAUUUGAACAUUGGCUGUACCUUUUUUAGAUUGCCUAAUACAAAAAGAAGAAAAGUUUUAAAAGCAUGCAUUUGAGGCAAACUCAGUGUCCAUGUUUGUCAUAUAAUGUCACUGCAUUCUGCAUUAGUUUCCUUUUUUAUGGGAGAACGAGUUGGUUUUGUAAAUCUUUCAUAGAAAAGAUGAAAUAGAGAUAAAUACAGAAUAUUAUUGUGAAGGCUCUUAGAAUGACUAACUGGGAUGAAUCUUUUUAACCAAACUUUUUUUUUUUUAUUUUUUUUUUAUUUUUUUUUUUUUUAUCAAACCAGAUCACUUGCAAAUAAACUUUAUAAUCACUGUU